AAUCGCUCAAGCAACGGUGGAAGUUCGGACAUUUUCUCGGGCAUGGCGUUCACUGAAGCCGAACUCAUGGGCGAUCUGCCCAAAAAGAAGUUCACUGGAAGAUGUAGACUUUUUGUUGGAAAUCUUCCUAACGAAGUGAAAGAAGCUGAGCUCAAGGAUCUGUUCGCACCACACGGUGACAUCGCAGAAUGCUACCUCAGCGGAAAAGGAUUCGCUUUCCUUAGAAUGGACACUCGUGCUCAUGCCGAAAGCGCAAAGGAGGCGAUCGACGGUCGUGUUAUUCACGGACGUCAGGUUCGCGUUCGCUUUGCUGUGCACGGCGCAGCUCUAAGAGUGAAGGAGCUCUCACCGACAGUAUCUAAUGAGAUGCUCUAUCAUGCAUUCUGUCAUUUUGGCGAAGUUGAACGCGCCGUGCACAUAGUUGAUGAGAAGGGUCGUCCGACCGGCGAAGGAAUUGUCGAGUUUGAACGCAAGCCAUCAUGCAACGAGGCCAUCUCGGCAAUUAAGGAAAAGGUCUUCUUGUUGACUGCGAGUCCUAAGCCUCUUAUCGUCGAAGUUCUCGAGCCGAGAGAUGAGGACGAUGGACUUGCAGAAAGAAUGAUUCCUAGAACUGCCCAGCUUAUUAAGGAACGUGAACUCGGUCCUCGUUUCCCUGCACAAAACAGUUUCGAAUUUGUAUAUGGUAUGAAGUGGAAGGAGCUGUAUGAAAUGGAGAGACAGCGUAGAAAUCAGUUGGAAGAGGAACUGAGGGAUGCACGUCGUCGUCUCGAAGCUGACAUGGAAUUAGCUUACCAAGACUAUCAAGCUCAGAUGCUCCGUGAGGGUCAGUUAGUUUCAUUUUAUUUUUUUGAAAAGAAAUCUUACGAUUUCUCGAAUAUAAAUGGCGUGCAUUUUUACCUUCUCGUUGGGAGACCAAACUUCUUCAUCAGCCUUAUUGUUUCCCGUAGUUAA